AUGAAGGGUGGUUCUCCUGACACUCCAGGCUCCAGUCAACCUAGUAUGUCAACACUCACACCAGAACCUGAAAAAGUUUCCAGGAAACCUUCAUUUAAAGGUCACAGUAGAAAACCGUCUGACUCUGGAACAUUAGAAAGAAAAGGGAAAAUUAAGAAUGUGUUGGAAAGGUUUAUGAGCAACAGAAGUGAGAAGGAGAAACUUAUCAAAAAGGGUAUAUAUAAAGAUGCUGUGUUUGGUUCAGAUAUCAAGCAGUUGUGUGCCAAAGAAAAAAUGAAAGUGCCAAUGUUUGUUAUAAAGUCAAUAGAAGCUAUUGAAAGAAGAGGUUUAGAACAUGAAGGUAUUUACAGAAUAGGUGGAAAUAUAUCUCAGAUACAGAAAUUACGAUGUAUGGUAGAUCAAGGAGAGCAGUAUGACUUGGAUGACCCGAUGUGGGAUGUGAAUGUACUAACUGGGACUUUGAAGUUAUUCUUCCGAGAGAUGAAGGAUCCAUUGUUUACAUAUGCCUUAUUUGAUAAAUUCCUUAAAAGUUUUUUAAAUGAAAAAGCAUCUGAUAGAUUUAAAGGGAUUAAAGCAACUGUAGAAGAAUUACCAAAGCCAAAUUAUGAAACUAUAAAAGUUCUAUUUAAACAUUUGUCAAAAGUGAAUGAUUUGAGUAAAGAGAACAAGAUGGGUGCUCAUCAACUGGCGAUCGUGUUUGGACCGACGUUGAUAUGGCCCGAGGUUCAGCAUCAGAACCUGGCUACCAGCAUGGUGUACCAGAGUCGUAUUGUUGAAUAUGUUCUCUUAGAAUACACAAAACUGUUUAGAUGAGACUACAACUGUAGAAGUUGAAAACUGUAUUAUUCAAAGAAAGUAUUGUAUACGAUGUAUCCCGACAGAAAAAAACAAAACAUAUAUGGCAUGAAGCUUGUGUUUAAAUUAUCAUGUACAGAGGAUCAGAGUGCCAUGUGUACACAUGAUUGGACAUACUUUAACCUUCAGCAUAAAAUAUCUGCAAAAGAAAAAAGAAAUAGUGAUACCAUAUUAUUAUUAAUAUUAUUAUUCCAUAGUAUGGACUUUGUUGUUAAACCAUGUGCAAGUGUAAUGCACUAAAAUUUGAAAUUUUUGUAUCCAUAACUUUUAUCAUGAUAAGACAGAAGAGUUACAGCCCUUUGAUACCCUGAAGCAUAGGACAAAAAUAUGGUUUUCACUCUCCAUCUUCCAUUGUGAUUUAUGAAAUGAAGGGUAGUUAACAAUUAAUUGUUAAAUAAGUGUUGAGUUUUUAAAUUGGCUGAAGAUUAUCCAUUAAUGUUUCAUAAAUACCUCUUUUUUCCCUUUAUCUGGUCUUUUUUAGCUCACCUGUCACAAAGUGACAGGGUGAGCUUUUGUGAUCGCUUUUCGUCCGUCGUCCGUCCGUCGUCCGUCCGUCCGUCCGUAAACUUUUACUUUAAAUGACAUCUCCUCAUAAACCACUAAGCCAAUUUCAUCCAAACUUCACAGGAAUGUUCCUUUGGUGGUCACCUUUAAAAAUUGUUUAAAGAAUUUAAUUCCAUGCAGAAUUCUGGU